GGGAAGGCACCCGGCGGCUGGGCCCCGCCCACUGACGCGUCCUCCCGGGCUCCGCUAUAACCCCGCUGCUCGCCCGCCGGCUCCAGAGCCGCGCGACACUGCCGUCCCGGAGCGCCUUUCCCCGCACCGCCGCCGCCAGCCCGACCACGCGUUCCCGCACGCUCGCGCCUUUCCCUUCAGACGGCGGACGCCGGACGAUUGGGGCGGCAACUUGCCAUUUCCUUUUUUUAUUAAAAUUAUUUUUCCUGUCUGGUGUUGGGGGUUUUCUUGUUUUUGUUUUUUUUACGAUUUUGGUUUGACUGAGUAAAACCCACCGAAGGCAUUUGCCUGACUUUUCCGGGACACAGGAGCGGAGACCACCGAGGCAGCAGCGCGGGCCGGUGCACGCCAAGGACAAAAGGAAGCCCAGUGUUACUCGCUGCACCCGAUUCCUCCAGGUGCGCAGCAUGAAGAAAGCCGAAAUGGGAAAGUUCAAUAUUUCCCCGGAUGAGGACAGCAGUAGCUACAGUUCGAACAGCGACUUCAACUACUCCUACCCCACCAAGCAAGCUGCUCUGAAAAGCCAUUAUGCAGAUGUAGAUCCUGAAAACCAGAACUUUUUACUUGAAUCGAAUUUGGGGAAGAAGAAAUAUGAAACAGACUUUCAUCCAGGUACUACUUCCUUUGGAAUGUCAGUAUUUAAUCUGAGCAAUGCGAUUGUGGGCAGUGGAAUCCUUGGGCUUUCUUAUGCCAUGGCUAAUACUGGAAUUGCUCUUUUUAUAAUUCUCUUGACGUUUGUGUCAAUAUUUUCCCUGUAUUCUGUUCAUCUCCUUUUGAAGACUGCCAAUGAAGGAGGGUCUUUAUUAUAUGAACAAUUGGGACAUAAGGCGUUCGGAUUGGUUGGAAAGCUUGCAGCCUCUGGAUCAAUUACAAUGCAAAACAUUGGAGCUAUGUCAAGCUACCUCUUCAUAGUGAAAUAUGAGUUACCUUUGGUGAUCCAGGCAUUAAUGAACAUUGAAGAUACAACUGGCUUGUGGUAUCUGAAUGGUGACUAUUUGGUUCUACUGGUGUCGUUGGUGCUCAUCCUUCCUUUAUCACUGCUGAGAAAUUUAGGAUAUUUGGGAUAUACCAGUGGCCUUUCUUUGAUGUGUAUGAUGUUCUUUCUGAUUGUGGUGAUUUGCAAGAAAUUUCAGAUUCCUUGUCCUGUGGAAGUUGCUUUGAUAAUUAAUGAGACAGUAAACAGCAGCUUAACACAACCAACAACAGCAUUUGCGUCUUCCGUGGCAUUUAACAUGACUGAAGAUGAUGCUUGCAGGCCUCGUUACUUUAUCUUCAACUCACAGACUGUCUAUGCUGUGCCAAUUCUGACCUUUUCAUUUGUCUGUCAUCCGGCUAUUCUUCCCAUCUACGAAGAGCUGAAAGGCCGCAGCCGUAGAAGAAUGAUGAAUGUGUCCAAGAUUUCAUUUUUUGCUAUGUUUCUCAUGUACCUGCUUGCUGCUCUCUUUGGCUACCUGACAUUUUACGAACAUGUCGAGUCAGAACUGCUUCAUACCUACUCCGCUAUCGUGGGCACUGACAUUCUUCUUCUCAUCGUCCGUUUGGCUGUGUUAGUGGCUGUCACCCUGACGGUCCCAGUAGUUAUUUUCCCGAUCCGGAGUUCCUUGACCCAGUUGAUGUGUCCAGCAAAAGAUUUCAGUUGGUGGCGUCACAGUGUCAUUACAGUGUCUAUCUUGGCAUUUACCAAUUUGCUUGUCAUCUUUGUCCCAACCAUUAGAGAUAUCUUUGGUUUCAUUGGUGCGUCUGCAGCUGCCAUGUUGAUUUUUAUUCUUCCGUCUGCCUUCUAUAUCAAGUUGGUGAAGAAAGAACCUAUGAAAUCCGUACAAAAGAUUGGGGCAAUGUGCUUCCUGUUGAGUGGCAUAGUGGUGAUGACGGGGAGCAUGGCCUUGAUUGUUUUGGAUUGGGUACACAAUGCCUCUGAAGGUGGCCAUUAACUGUCACCACUAAAACUCCGAUAGUCCAUUUGAUGCCAGUGUUGAGUCAACUCUCAACUACUAUGAAUUUUCACCUAAUGUUUUCAGUUUCACUUCCUUUUGAAGUGUAGAUUCCUCGCUGGUUCUUCUGAAUGCAGAAUAAAUGAACUUUUCUUUUUUUUUUCCCUAAAGAAACUAUUCUGUAUGAUAGAAAUGGAUAUUAACAACAAAACCACGAGUCUCGGGUUAAUGGAAGUGACAAUUUUAUUCCAUUCCAGAGAAUGGACGGACUCUUAACUUUUAUCAAGCCACAUGUUUGGCUGUGUCAUUGUUUAACUUGGAUAUUUUAUGAUUUUACUUGAAUGUGCCUAAUGGAACCAUUCGAUGUGAGAAACAAUUCUUAAUUUACAGCAAAGUAUUGAAAUAACCAUUGAGAAAAACACUAUAAUUUUUUUUGUACCAAAAAUAUUUAAAGACCUCAGAAGCACUAUAUUACUUUUAAAAAAUUGCUUUUUUUGAACUUUAUCCAAAAACGGUUGUCAGUAAAUUCCAUAAAAAAUUUUUCAUUGGUAUUUAAAAACAAAUAUUAGUGGUAUGAAAUGAUUUGCCUUUUUGUAGGUAUAAUAAGCCAAAUACUUUUUUUACCCAAAAUAAUUUUUAGAGAAAAUGUCAUGAAAAAUUGUACCAUGAAUAGGAGCAUAGUUUUUUCCAUUCAAACUUCACCAUUAAAGGAUAAUUGAUUGAUUAUUGCUAUACCCAAAUCAGAUGAACUCUGUUCAUCAUUUUUCUUCUUUGUCCCCAAAUAAUUCGGUUCAUUCAGACUGAAAUAUUAAUGACUUCAAUCUAUUAGAAUGGAAGAUAAUGCAGAUAUUUUUGUGGGGAGUAAAAUAACUAAUUUUGAGGUACCAAAUAGUGCAAUUGGGUAAAACAGGGUUUAUUCAGUUGCAUGUGUCUCCAGAGUUGUAUCAACAGCCCUGGUUUUUUGGGCCAGCCCUUUUUUGACGUUGCUUCCAGCAGUGGAAAAUGGGCAUUUGAUGGCUGUAGGCCAAAACUAUUCUAUCCAGAGAGUACAACUUUUCAAAAUGCUCAUCUACUACUGGAAGUGUGAAUUACUUGAUUAUGUAUGGCUUAGUCGUAUUCAUGUUUUGUCUACAGUAGAGAUCUAAUCCACAGUUACACCGAUAUUUGGUAUAAGUUCUCUUCAUCUAGGCCACUGGGUUUCUCAUGCAGUAAGCUUUUUAAACUCGUUUGCACUGGAUUGUCAUCUCAUUCUUGUACAACAUAGAAUUAUUUGUUUACAUCCAACAAGUGGUUAGCUAGGGAAAACAGUGCAACCUGAGUGUAAGUAGUUGGUCCAACUGCAUGUUCGCCCUUCCAUUUCAUCCCAGUUAGAAGUGAAAAAUUACUUGGCUUUAAGAGCACAUUUAUUGUACGUUAUAGUGUAUGGUGAAUAUAUUAUUAAAUAAUGUGGUACUUUGCUCAUCAGGCAUAAUGACUAAAAUCUAAUAUACAUAAUUCCAUUAGUGGUUGAGGGAAACAAAUAAUGGAAUCAUCAAUUGGUCAUCUGGCUCUAAGGUUUUUCUCUUGAACUAAACAUUUUUAGUUUUAGGCAAGGGCCAGAAAUGUGGCAGACAUGGGUUUUGUUACGCAUUCUUGUAUUAUAUGUGACUAAAUUACAGAGAAGAUGUGUCUGUAAUUAAAGACCCUUGUGGAACUGGAAGACGUCCUGUAGUGCUACAUUGGGUGAAACCAAUGGUCCGUUUUUUGUUUGUUUCUACGAAAAUUAAGUAAUUGGGGACCAUCUAGAAAGGCAGUGAGAAGAUGGAUUCUACAGCACUGCUUUCAUUUAAUUGGGUUUUUGACACUCCCUUCAAAUCCAGAACCUCACCUCUAGUUCCGACCAAGAAUCGGCACUUCCACUUGAGUUCUUGGAAAGAAUUGCUGAUUUUAUAUCUAAGAUACAAACAAGUGACAAACAAGUGAAGAGUUGUUUUCUACAGUUUACAUCCUUUCGUAUGGAAGAAAAUACCAUGGCAACCAGGAAGGAAUGGAAAAAAGAAUCCUCUUCUCACAGCAAAUCCAUGUGGGGAGGCUCCUCCAAUCCUCUUCAGCUGUUUGAGGUUCAAAAUCAACUGGCUAGGGUAAAUUCCAUUGCAUGAUUUUCUUGGAGCUAUCUUGUCUGCCUUGAGGUUCCUAACUAGUGAAUUCCCAUGAAUGAGCAGUCUUCAGUAUUAAAACCACUGUCUUGUCACCUCAUUUUGCAUUACUGUCUUCCGUGGAUGUUUCAGUUAUAACUGUAAUGUUAUUUAUAGAACAGCAUUAAUCCAUUAAAGCUAACCUAUUUUUCAAUAUUUAUGAUAAUCUAUGUACAUACAUUGUCUGUCCAUAUGUAUUUGUAAAUAGAUUGUAUAUAAUGUCAGGUUUGGGUCUUGGGUUUCAGUGUAUAUAUUCCUGUAAGUUUCUUAACUGCAUUUUGAUGAAUUCACAUUAUGUAUCUAUAAGAAUUGUCCCAAAAGUACCUGUACAGAAAUUUCGAUAUAAACAAAUUGACAGGUUGUAUAAACACUAAAAGGUUUAAAACAUUUAAAUUGUAUUUGCAAUAAACAGACUGGUUGAACAUAUUUUUUCAUGAAAACUUGGUGCAAGUUCAGAUCUCUUUAAAUUUUAAAUAAGGUCUAAAUUUUCAAAAUGCAGUAGUUAAUGAAAAUGUGAUCUAGUGUAAUGAAAUCAAAUGUGAUCUAGUGUAAUGAAAGACCUUUUUGAGAACCUGGGUGUGUUACCUUUCUGUAUAUAAUGUAAAUAUCCCCACUGUACUGUUAGAGGCCAACAAUUCCAGUGCGACUUGUUGGCAAAGAGUGCUACACCGUUUCAAUGAAACAAUGUAUGUUUGUUUUAACUGAACUAAAAUAAAUACAUGCUUAAUCCUGA